AUGGAGAACGGCGAGGAGAAGUCUGCUUCGCCGGAGCCUGAUCCGGCCCCGCCGCCUCGUCAGAGGAGGCCCUUCUGCGAAAGGUGCUCGAAGCCGGCCAGCGUCUGCCUCUGCUCCCGCAUCAAGCUCCCGCCUAUCGAAAACUCCAUCGGAGUCACGAUUCUACAGCACAGUCUCGAGGGGAAGCACCACCUCAACUCCGCUCGCGUCGCGUCCCUCGGCCUCAGGAACGUCGCCGUCGUUCCCGUCGCCGACGUCCUCUUCCAGGCCGAGUACACGAUCCGCCCUCUUCGUCGAGGGAGCUCUCAUGAUCCGUUAGCCGGCGUGGAUCGGCAGAGUGAGGGGCGCCUGGAUCUGGUGUCGAAUGCUUCGGCCUUGCCGGGAGGAGAUUCUAUGAUGGCGAUCGAUCUCCAUUCAAUCGACGCCAAUGAGGAUGACGAUGAUGAGCAUUUCCGGGAUGGGAGUCGCGAUCCUGCAGUCGCUUGGAGUGAUGGAGAUGGAUUGCUUCCGGAUCCGAUCACUGGAGAAGAGGAAAGGUGUCGUGCAGUUGCCGCAAAUAGGAGAACGUGUUCAGAGGAUAAGCUUUGCUACUCAGAGAACGGGGAGGCCGCGGUACAAAAUUCAAAAGCUGGAGAUGAGACUAUUACCAGAGUCUCUAUAUCCCCGAUGCUCCAGGAAAAAGAUUCAUCUAUUUCUACUUGUGCGUCUUUUGGAAUGUCCUCUGAUCACCAGCUUCAACCAAAAAAUCAGUGUGUCUCCCCUGACGAAGAAGGGAUCACCACGGUGAACUCCGCAUUGUACAAAAUUAAAUGCUCGUCCAGCAAUGUCUGGAUCUCUUUGAAGCGCACUGCAAGGCCCGAUUUGAGUUGGGCGCUUUCAAAACCAGUACUGAAAUCUGCGGCAUCUAAUGGAUUCUCCGUACAGAAAUUGCAGAGGAGGGAAUCAAAAGGAUGCAAAAAAUUGGAUGUCGUUGAUGAAUUUCAUCUUCUGAUACCACCUGGAACAGCCGUCCUCUUCCCAGGGAAAGCUGCCGUCGAUCUGGAUGCCGUCGACUUCGAUGUGAAACAUCUGAUCUUGUUGGACGGCACAUGGGACAAGGCGAGGAGGAUGUUCCACGAGAAUCCGUGGCUGCAACUCCUGCCGCGGCUAAAGCUGGAGAUGAAAGCGGAGAGCCUGUACAAGGAGGUGAGGCAUCAGCCCCGGCCAGGAUGCCUCUCCACCAUUGAGAGUAUUGUAUGCGCCUUGAAAGCUCUAGACAACAAUCGCAUGGAGGGGCUCGAUGAGCUGCUGGAGGUGUUCGAAUCCAUGGUGGCAGACCAGAGGCGAUUGAAGGAAGAAAAAUUUAGCCGAAUGUCUCUGUCGUGA